CCAGGAUUUGCCAAGGGGCCCUGGCUACGGGCCUAGAUAAUAAAACUUGUUUGACCGUAUCUGGCCAAAAAACAAUAAGCUGGGCCUCGCCCAGGACCCAACAAACUGGUUUAUUAUAAAACCACGACAGACUUGAAUAUUGGCAUACGUUGCGACGACAACAACGCUAUUGCUGUGGAGAUAUUCUGAGAGACAUAGCAGCCAGAUUCUGACAAAGAUGCAGUCAACCACGCUGAUUUUCCUCGGAGUUGCAGUUGUGCUUCUUGGUACUGUACAAAGGGGGUCAGCCACCAACCAGGCUCUGAGACUUAGACUUAUCGAGGCUCUUUUGAAAAGAUUCACAUUGGACGACCCAAAAGACUUCAACACUGAACAUUUGAACAUUGAUAUAAGCGGCGUCAAUGAAGGACUUAUUCUAUACAAGUGCUUUGGAACAAAUUCUGCCGGUAGCAUCAGCAGCAAAUACAACGAAGUGGAUGAAGACAACGACGGGGUCGUAGAUUUGAAGGAAUUCGUGAACGGAAUGAAGAAGUACAGAUGUAAUGCAAACGGCGCUGAAUUGUUUCGUAUCUAUGAUGCAGAUAAUAGCGACUUUUUGGACUCUGAGGAAUUCCGCAUCGCUUUACGGCAACCAUGGUCUGAUUUUAAAAAGAAAGCCGUCAUGCAUAAAUUCCUAACGGCAGACAAGAACUCUGAUGGCGUAUUCGCAGCUGAUGACGCCGUCAUGAAAACAAUGCAGUCAGUCAUGAAUCUUGUUGUACGGAUUGACGCCAACAAAGAUGGGAAAGUUAGCCUCCAAGAGUUUGUAGACUACUGGUCGAGAAAACUUGGUGAUGUCGAAAACGACAACACAUUUUCGAUUAAACUACAAAAUGCUUUCGCAAUCUAGAUGGGCAGUUUUGGACAUCAUUAUCAGUAUUAUUUAAACCAUCAUCAAAAUUGAUAAAAGAAAAAAACUUUGUACCGUAGGUGUUUGAAAUAAUAAAGUAAAUGCUCACGUCUACUUGAAUCUAUAACAAGACGCACAAUAUUUUUAUAGUUUAAUACAAACAAGGAAAUUCUAUUUAUAAAUUCUAUUUUUAGAUCUAGAUCUUGUAAAACAUUCUCGGACUUAUUUGGCAAAUUAAUACGUGUUACAUUUGUAUUUAUUCUGAAAUAAAUAUGAAUUGAAGCCCAA